AUGCUGUCAAUAAUCUACAAUAUAUUCACCAGUUCCUCCUUCAUCUCUUCCUCCAAUGCUGCUACUAUACAACCAUCAAAAUGGAGGAUACAAAUCAGUGGAGUUAUGGGAUCAACAUCAUUAGCAUGUUGGAUAGUUUUAUUAAUGCCUCAAUUAAUUGAACAAUGGAAAUUAAAAUCUGUUGAAGGUAUAGCUAUUGGAUUUAUAACUAUUUGGUUUAUUGGAGAUAUUUUUAAUCUUUUAGGAGCAAUUUGGGCAAAUUUAUUACCAGAAAUGAUUUUUUUAGCUAUAUGGUUUUGUAUUGCUGAUUUUUUAAUGAUAUUUUCAUAUAUUUAUUAUACUAAAAUAUAUCCCAAACAUCAUCAUGAGCAUCAUCACGAGCAUCAUCACGAACAUCAUCACGAACAUGGAGAAAAUGAACAUCAUCAUCAACAUCAUCAUCACAGUAAGAGAAGAAGUAGAGGAAAUGAUAAUGAAUCUAGUCCAUUAUUAAAUACUACUAGAAGCAGUAGCAGAAGCAGAAGCAGAAGCAGAAGCAGAAGUAAUAGUAAUGAUCAUGAUCAUGAUAAUAUUCAUAAAACUAGGAGAAUAAGUAGUAAUAAUAAAAGAAGAAGAAGAAGAAGUAGUACAUUAACUGAUAUUGCUUUAGAACCAGAAUAUCAUUCAAUUUUUAUUAAAUAUAUUUUACCAAUUUUAUUUGUUAUUGGAUGUGGAACAUUAGGAUUUUUUAUUAGUGGAUCAUCAUCACCACCAUCAUCACCACCAUCAUCACCACCACCACCAUCAAACGAUGAUUCACCUCCUUCCGAUGAUCAAAAUCAUUAUAAUGAUAAAGAUAUUAUUGCUAUUGGACCACAAAUUAUGGGAUAUUGUAGUGCCAUAUUAUAUUUAGGUGCAAGAAUCCCACAAAUUAUUCAAAAUUAUCAACGUAAAAGUGUUUAUGGAUUAAGUUUAUUAUUUUUUCUUUUUUCAACUUUAGGUAAUUUAACUUAUGCUGGACAAAUAUUAUUUUAUCGUAAUGAUAAACAAUAUAUUUUAUUAAAUUUAAGUUGGUUAUUAGGUUCAUUAGGAACAAUUUUAGAAGAUUCAUUGAUUUUUUUACAAUUUUAUAUAUAUCGUGAUAAUAAUAAUAUCAAUGAUAAUGAUGAUAAUGAUGAAGCAACAAUUGAAUGA